UGGCUUUUUGUGUUGUGUUUUUUCAACCCCACACAGGAACUUGGACUCCUUCUUAUAAAACACCUUCAACCAUCUCCAAACCCCGUAACACUCUCAAUCCACUUUUCUUCAUUCCCCUUUCACUUUCUCUCUUCCGACAACUCCAAUUCUAGUUUUGGGGAUUCCAAGGUUAUGGAGAACCAACGCAGUCCUCUUCUGAGUUGGGCGUACUACUGUCACGGAAAGUCAGUGGAGGAGCUGAAGCAGUCGCUGAUGUGCACGACUCUUGAGCUGGAACAAACGAGGGCAAGUGUGCAGGAGGAGCUGAGAAAGAGGGACGAUCAGCUUCUCACCCUGAAGGAGCUUCUGAACAAGGUGAUGAGAGAAAGAGACGAGGCACAAGAGAAAUGGCAGAGACUGAUGCUGGAGAAAAUGGUUUUCCAGCAGCAAAAGCAGCAGCAGCAGCAGCAGCAUCAAACAGCUCCUGCUUCUGGGAUUUCCAGCAUUGAGGAUGAACCCAGGAGAGGGAUUGAGUCCAACAAUGGGCUGUCGUCAUCGGAUUGUGAAGAAAGCAUUGUUUCGUCUCCGGUGAUGGAGCAUUUGGGUGGUGGUGCGCAGGCACAGUUGCCGGAGUCAAUGAUUGAGCUUAUAUCACCGGAUAAAGCGUUGCCAGAAAAAGGUAAGCUUUUGCAGGCAGUGAUGAAAGCAGGUCCCCUGCUUCAGACUCUGCUCCUGGCGGGACCACUCCCUCAAUGGAGACACCCUCCACCCGCUCUUGAGUCCUUCGAGAUUCCUCCUGUCACCAUUCCUUCCCCGCAGGCACAGCCACAACCCCUCCACCAAGACUCCUUCACCUCCAACUGCGGGAGAGUGAGCAGGAAAAGGGUUUUCUGCGAGGGCUCUGAUUCUCCGACGCAGACCAAGUUCCAAAGGAUUGUACUUCACUGACUACUACUGUUACCCACUCAGUUUUAUUUAUCCUUUUUAGUUUUUGAUUUAUAAUAUGAUUUAAAGGUUAGGUGUUCGAUUCGACUGAUCUAGCGUAUGUACAGUGCUUUGUUUUAACUGGGUGAUUUUGGGUUCUGGUGAUGAAGGAAGAAGGAUUUGUCCUUGGCUGCCAUUUUUGCCCUUUUCACAUUCUCCUUUUGUUUUGUGUGAGGUGAAAGGGUGUCUGAAAUUGUAAUGUAACUAGGAUAAUGUAGUGCAGUAAGUGAUGAGUGUGUGAGUGUGGGAGGGAGAGAGAGAGAGAGAGGGGUUGAUGUGUAAGAUCACAUCAACAAUUAAAGGGAGGGGUGAUUGGUUGUGUAGUCGUUGGGGUUGGGAGAUGGUGUGGCCAACCACCAAGGGGGACGGCCAUGAGCUCUGCGUGUAGGGUUUGGUGGACCCACAAAUCAGAAUCAGGAUCUAUUACUGGUGUGGUGUAUCAUUAUAUUAAGCUUUUUUAGACAACUUAUCAUUAUUCACUUCUAAUCCUA